CAUUGGAUGUUAUAAGCGCUUUGAGAUGGCAACAUUUUUAUUCGUUGUGUGCCUUUUUGCCAUCAUUGGCAGUUCAACCAUCGAGAGCAAAUCAAUUGAAGACUGGGGAUUACUAAAUCAGGGUUGGGGUUGGUUUAAUUGGUAUUAUUACUGGUACUGGCAACAUGGCAUUUUGGGCAAAAUCAGCGAUCGUGAUACGAUAUGCCAGAGGCUUUGGGGUGUGGAUUAUAAUAGACUCAUUCAAAGAGUAGAUUAUGAUAUUUCACUUCAAACAAAAAUUUUAAAGAAUUCGAGUGUGGAUAAAUCGUAUCGACGAUUGUUUCGUUAUGUUAAUGUUUCCAAAGUUCGUUCAAAACCGACGUAUGAUACGUUUAUAGAUCUCCUAAACGACUUUCACCCCUCCAGCAGAAACUCACCGGAGACUAAUCUAACCGCCAUCAAAGAAAACAUUGAAAUAUUUUUGACUUCUUUGAUGAAAACUCGCGUUUUUCAGGAAUUGUAUUGGUAUCUUGUUCGAAAUAGCUUAGUCGUCCCUGACAGGGUACUAUUCAAAGAGACUUUACUUGAUUUAUGGUUCAAUAAAGGGAAUCUCACAGCAGGAGAACCGACUGCGUUUCAAAAAAUUUUUGUGGGUGAAACUGUGAACAACCCAAGUAAAUUGUCGGUGCGUAACUGGAUUCAGUUUUACUUGCAAGAAUUAAAAAGAUUAAAUUAUUAUGGAUUUGUUCAUUACUAUCCACUUCCGCCGAAAGUCGUCUCACUCAUGUUUUCAUGGAAUCGAGGGGCGGCUGUGACGGAUAAUAUGCUAAUUGGAACGUCUCCGGAGUUUGAAAUGGCUCUUUAUACCUUGUGCUUCUUCAUCAGAUCUCACUCGGAUUGUGAGUGCAAAGUUAACGUGAAGAAAAUUUUGGUUAAAAUUGUCACUUCUGACGGCGGUGCAAAACUGGUUAAUGCUCAUUUUGAACUGUAAUAACGAAUGUAUAGCUUUACAGUAAACACCAUGUGAUUUGCCGAUUUUGUAUUAUGUAUUUUGUUCAUGUGAAAAAUAAA